GAGCUGGGGAAGGAGGGGGAAACCCGUGGCCACGGUGAACUUUGGAGCCACCGGCCAGGUUUGGGGGCCGGGGCAGGGGCCUAACGAGGGAAAGGCUAAUGAAGAGGAGGGGAUGCGCUGCCUGCUGCGCCUUUAAGAAGAGCAGGGGCAUCGCCGCCCCUCCCCUGCCUGGGAACUGUGUGUGCCUGGGAAAGUUGCCUACAGCCGGCCCUGGAGCAUCUUUGCUCGGUGGCAGGUGGCCCUGCUUCGGGUCCCCAUCCCUGCGGUGGCCCCGGGGACCCCCCCUGCCGCUCCCCUCCCUCCUGCUGGAAGAUGCCCCCGGAGCUGCCCGUUGCCCCACCGGGAGCCGAGGGGAGCCAGGAGGGCGCAGGCUCCCACGAUGAGCAGCCGGCUCCUGCUCCUCACCGUGCUCCCUGUGCUCCUGGGCCCGCCGGUUGCCGCGGUGCAGAAGAGGAGCCAAGCGGUGUGUGAGGACGUGCUGGAGGCCGACAUCGCCUUCCUGGUGGACGGCUCGUCCAGCAUCGGCAGGAACAACUUCCGCGCCAUCCGCACGUUCAUGGAGGAGCUGGUGGUGCCCUUCGUGCCGGCGGUGGGCGAGAGGGCCGUGCGCUUCGCCGUGGUGCAGUACAGCGACGAGCCGCGGGUGGAGUUCUCCUUCUCCCAGCACACCAACGGCUCCAGUGUCCGGAGGGCCAUCCAGCAGCUCAGCUACAAGGGCGGCAACACGCGCACCGGUGCUGGUUUCCGCUAUGUGGCUGACAACUUCUUUGGUCCCACCCAGCUCCGGCCUGGGGUCCCCCAGAUCUGCAUCCUCAUCACGGAUGGCAAGUCCCAGGAUGAUGCUGAGGGGCCGGCAGCAAAGCUGAAGAGCCAGGGCAUCAAGGUCUUUGCUGUUGGAGUCAAGAAUGCCGACCGCAAGGAGCUGAUCCGUGUUGCCUCGAUGCCCACCGAUGCUUUCUUCUUCUAUGUUGGUGACUUCAAGCUGCUGGGGACGCUGGUGCCGCUGAUGACACGCAGGGUGUGCACGAGCGUCGGGGGUACCCUGCGCACGCUGGACGGGACAAGCCACACCGGCCCCUCAAACCUGGAGUUCCUGGAGCGGGGCCUUGAUCAGCUGCAGAUAAGAUGGACCGCGGCCAGCGGCCCCGUCACCGGCUACCGGGUGCAGCGCGUGCCGCUGACCGGGCUGGGGCAGCCGGUUGUGGCUGAGAGGCAGGAGGUGAGCCUGGGGCCACGGGAGACCAGCACCGUGCUGCGGGGGCUGCGCGCGGGGACCGAGUACCUGGUCACUGUCACUGCCCAGUACGCCAACAGCGUCGGCGAGUCCGUGUCCGGCCGAGCGCGCACCCAGAGCCAGGCUGGCUCCGUGCUGGAUUUCCGUGUGGUGGAGACUGGACCAACGUUCCUGCGGCUGGCCUGGCAGCCCGGCCCCGAGCCCCCACAGGGCUACAGCCUCAGCUACGGUGUGCAAGGAGCAGCCCAGCGGCAGGAGAAGAGCCUGGGGGCCAGCGCUCAAUCGGCCACGCUCAGCAGCCUGCACCCCGACACCGAGUACGUGGUGAUGCUGCGGCCCCGCUACGCGCAGCAGCCCGCCCGCCCCAGCACCCUCACCGCAAGGACACGGCCCCCGGUGGCUGUGCAGCACUUGGCUGUUCACAACGUGUCGGCACAGAGCAUGCUGCUGGCCUGGCAGCCCGUCAGCGGGGCCACUGGCUACCGGCUGUCCUGGGCCACCCUCACAGGGCAGGACAGGCACAGGGUGGACCUGGAUGCUGGGCGGACGUCACAUGCGCUGGGGGGGCUGCAGCCCAACACUGACUACGUGGCGGCUGUGGCCCCGCUCUUCGGGCAGCUGGAGGGACCAGCAGCCACCGUGCGGCAGAGGACGGAGCCGGGUGCAGAGCAGAUGCUGCGGACCAACAUCCUGGGCCCCACGUCCAUCCAGGUGCUCUGGACCAGUGCUCGCGAUGCCCGUGGCUACCGUCUGGAGUGGAAGAGAGCCACAGGACCGGAGCCCCCCAGAACAGUGUCGCUCCCCAGCAGCACCAACACCUACCAGCUGACGGGGCUGCAGCCAGGCACUGAGUACCGCAUCACCCUCUACACGCUCUACGAUGGCAGGGAGGUGGCCACCCCUGUCACCACCUUCCAGACAGACGUGGAGGUGCCCGUGGGAGCUGUGUCGGACCUGCGGGUGCUCGAGGAGUCGAGCCGGUGGCUGCGGCUGGGCUGGACGGGCGUCCCUGGCGCCACCGAGUACAAAGUGGUGGUGCGCAACAGCCAGGAUGGCACGGAGAGGACGAGGCGCGUCCCCGGCAGCCAGACGGGGCUUGAGCUGGGUGACCUCCGCGAGGGCAUCGCUUACCUGGUGCGGGUCUCGGCGCUCGCAGGCAGCCGGGAGGGCAGCGCGGCCACGCUCACCGUCCGCCGCAAGCUCCCGGCGGUGGGCACCGUGUCGGAGGUGCGGGUGAUGGAGGCGAGUCCCGGGCAGCUCCGGGUGACCUGGCGGGGGCUGCCGGGCGCCGGGGGCUACGUGCUGAGCUGGCGGGGCAGCGACGGUGUGGAGCAGUCCCGCUUCCUCCCCGCCGACCCCACCGCCUUCACCAUCGAGGGGCUGCGCCCCGGCGUUAUCUACACCGUUGGUGUCGCUGCCGUUGUGGAUGGGCGUGAGGGCAGCCCUGUCACCGCCACGGCGCGGACCGCACCCGAGCAGGUGGGGACGGUGUCGCGGCUGGAGGUGCAGGCAUCCAGGAACAACGUCGCCCGUGUCACCUGGGUCGGUGUGCCAGGAGCCACGGCUUACCGCGUGGUGUGGAGCCGCAGGGACGGGGGCUCGGAGAGCAGCCGCCACGUUCCCGGCCACACCAGCUCCUUCGACAUCCCCAACCUGGAGGGAGGUGUCUCCUACACGGUGAAGGUGACAGCGCUCAUCGGCAACCGCGAGGGCAACCCUGUCUCCAUUGUCGUCACCACCCCGGAGGCAGCGCCGGUGCCCCCCAUCAGCAGCUUCCAGGUGACAGAGGCCUCAGAGCACCGGCUGCGCCUGGCCUGGGUGCCGGCCGCUGGCAGCGCCGGGUACCGCCUGGUCUGGCGCCUGGCUGAAGGUGGGCCGCAGCGCAGCCACCAGCUCCCAGCCACUGCCACCAACUACGACCUCACGGGGCUGGAGCCAGGACGGCGCUACCAGAUCAGCAUCACCAGCCUGGCCGGUGGCCGGGAGAGCGAGCCAGCCACCAUCACUGGUGUUACCGCUGCCCUGGGCCUUGUCACCAGCCUGCAGGUGACAGAGGUACGGAGGGACUCAGUGACACUCACCUGGAGCCCGGUCCCUGGCGCCUCAGGCUACAUCCUCUCCUGGACCCCCCCCACGGCGGGCAGGGAGUCGGGGCGCACGCUGCCCGGCACUGCCAGCUCCCAGCAGGUCUCAGGGCUGCGCCUGGGCCAACGCUACACCUUCACCCUGCGCCCGCUGCUGGGCAGCACGCCCGGCGCCGAGACGUCUGUCAGUGAGCGCACAGUGUGCAGGGAUGCCCGCGGUGACGUCGUGUUCCUGGUGCAUGGCACCCGUGACAGCUCCUCUGGCGCUGACGCCAUCCGCACGCUCCUCUCCAACACCGUGUCUGCGCUGGGGCACCUGGGCCCGGAUGGUACCCAGGUGGCCCUGGCCACGUACAGCUACCGCAGCCUGCCCUGGCUGCUGCUGAACCGCUCCAGCGACCUGCCCACCGUGCUGGAGCAGAUCCACACCAUGCGCUACGAGGAGCCCAGCGGCAACGCCAUCGGGGCAGCCAUCACCUUCGCCAGGACCUACCUGCUGAGCCCUGGUGCGGGGCGCCGGCCCAGUGUGCCGGCCGUGCUGGUGAUCCUGGCUGACGGCCCCUCCGGGGACGAUGCCAUUGCUGCGGCCAGGGAUGUCAAGGCUGGGGGGGUCCGGGUGCUGGCGGUGGGACUGGAGGGAGCAGACCGGGAGCAGCUCCGGCGCAUGGUGACUGGGGAGGACCCGCGGUACAUCUACCAUGGCGGCGGUGCCCUGGCUGAGCUGGAGGGAGAGCUCACCGAUGACCUCUGCACCAUCAUCUCGACCAGGCCGGAGCCGGAGCCGAAGCCAAGACCCUGCACCGUGCAGUGCCCCAAGGGCGAGAAGGGAGACCGUGGCCAGGCAGGACCACAAGGACACACGGGGCCACCAGGCCCCCCUGGACAACCGGGCCGCCAUGGGCUGCCAGGACCUCCAGGACCCCCGGGGCCACAAGGUCUGCCCGGAGGGAGUGUGGAGCAGCCGGGCAAGAAGGGGGACAGGGGGUACCCUGGAGCUGAUGGGACACCAGGAAGCCCCGGCCGCCCUGGGAGCCCUGGAUCACCCGGCCAGCCGGGGACACAAGGACCGAUGGGGCUCCCUGGCCUGAAGGGGGAGAAGGGAGAGCCGGGGGAGCCCCAGGUGAUCACAGACGGAAGGCAGGGGCUGCCAGGCCAGAAAGGGGAGCCGGGCAGGCCGGGCAGCCCUGGCCCCCCCGGCAGCCCCGGCACACGGGGGCCCUUUGGUGACCCAGGGCCCCCUGGUCCAGUGGGACCCCCAGGGUCACCGGGACCGCCAGGAGAGUUUGUGAAGGGGGAGAAGGGUGACCGAGGGGAAAGGGGCCCUCCUGGGCUUGUGGAUGGGGCAGCGCCCCGUGGGGAGCCCGGAUCCCCGGGUCUGCCUGGGGACCCCGGGCCUCGGGGACCUGCUGGGCCCCCUGGCCUGAAGGGAGAGAAGGGUGACAGCAGCGAAGGUUUCCCUGGGCCACCCGGACGCCCCGGGGACCCUGGAGAGCGGGGUCCCCGGGGACCGCCGGGGGAGCAGGGCAGGAAGGGGGACCGUGGGGCACCAGGAGAGCUGGGAGAGACAGGCGAGAAGGUGAGACCGUGCCGGAGCAGGACCGCACUGUUCGGCACCAUCAGUGUGUCCUGGUGUCCCUGUGGCCCCACAGUGGCUGUGCCGGGGGGUCAUGGUGGGAGCCCAGUGGUCUUGGAUGUGCUCUGGGGGCAGUGUGUGGGGCAGAGGCUGUGGGGUGGAGAAGAAAGGCUCCUGAAGCCCUCCUCUGCUUGGCUCCACAGGGGGACCGCGGCGCGCCGGGCGCUGAGGGCGAGAAGGGCGAGGCGGGAGCCCCAGGGCGCCCAGGGCCGGCGGGCAGGGAGGGAGCUCCGGGACCGGCCGGGCCACGGGGGGAGAAGGGUGAGCCAGGACCGCCCGGGAAGCCGGUACGUGGGACACUGCCCCGGGGCCAGCGCUGCCGGACCCAGCCCCGCCGCAGGGACCGGCGGGCAGCGCCCAGCACCGUCCCCUCUGCUUCCCCUGCAGGCUCCCAGCGUGGCCGGUGUCCGAGGGGAGAAGGGCGAUCGAGGCUUCCCAGGACCGGAAGGACCUCCCGGCCCCAAGGGCGAUGCGGGAGAGAAAGGCGCCCAUGGUGCCCCUGGGCUGAGCAUCCCCGGGCCGGCCGGCCCCAAAGGCGAGCAGGGCGAUCGGGGCAUCGUUGGCCUCACGGGCAGGAGUGGCCCAAAGGGUGACCCGGGGGAGCCAGGGGAGAAGGGGGAGCCGGGCCGAGCGGGCACACCAGGGCCGAGCGGGCAGCGUGGCAAGGAGGGAGAGCGCGGAGAGAAGGGUGAUGAAGGCACCCCGGGUGAAGCAGGGCUGCCCGGCAAACCUGGAGACAGAGGCCCGCGGGGCCUGCCCGGCUACCGCGGCCCCCCCGGGGAGAAGGGAGACUCAGGGGACCCGGGUCCCGAAGGCAGGAACGGCAGCCCCGGAGCACCAGGGAGCAAGGGUGACCGUGGGGAGCCGGGGCUUCCCGGACCCCCAGGACGAUCCGUAGAUGUGGGGCUCGCAGGAGUGGUGGAGAAGGGUGAGAAGGGGGACGCCGGGGACCCUGGUGAGGACGGGGCAAAAGGCGCCCGUGGCGACGCUGGCUCCCCGGGGCCGCCGGGAGAGAGGGGCGUGGAGGGCCCCCGCGGCCCCCCCGGUGCUCGGGGUGACCCUGGGGACCGAGGCUUGCCGGGAGAGAAGGGGGACCGUGGCCUGCCAGGGCUGGAUGGCCGCAAUGGGCUGGAGGGCAAACCAGGACCCCCAGGUCCUGCCGGGCUGCGGGGAGACCCUGGGAAGCAGGGGGACCCCGGCCGGGAUGGGCUGCCCGGGCUGCGUGGGGAGCAGGGACUGCCUGGCCCUGUGGGACCCCUGGGACCACCUGGCGUCCCCGGCAAACCCGGCGAGGACGGCAAACCUGGCCUCAACGGCAAGAACGGAGAAGAUGGGACACCAGGAGAGGAUGGGAGGAAGGGAGACAAAGGUGACGCAGGACCCCCUGGCAGAGAGGGCCGCAGCGGUGCCAAGGGCGAACAGGGGGACAGGGGUGUCCCAGGGCCCCUCGGCCCCCCCGGCCUCCCCGGCGUCCCGGGGCAGGUCGGGCCCCCCGGACAGGGCUCGCCGGGGCUCCGAGGGGCAGCCGGACCCAAGGGGGACCCGGGGGAGCCCGGCCUGCGAGGGGAGCCUGGGCGACCUGGCAGCCCUGGAGCACGGGGAGACCCCGGCGCUGCAGUGAACGUGGAACGCAGCCUGGAAGCGCUCGGCAUCAAGGUCUCAUCGCUGAAGGAGCUCACGGGUGCCUAUGAUGGGAGCUCGGACUCAUUCCUGCCCGUGUCGGAGCGGCUGCGGGGCCAGAAGGGCAGCCGGGGAGAGCCGGGUGAAAGGGGGCCCCCGGGUCGGGAGGGCUCCCUGGGCUUCCCCGGCGAGCGAGGACCCAAAGGUGACAAAGGGGACACGGGUGCCCCCGGCCCGCAGGGCCCCACGGGCCGCGCUGUGGGCGAGCGGGGCCCCGAGGGGCCGGCGGGGCAGCCGGGGGAGCCGGGCAAGCCGGGCAUCCCUGGGGUGCCGGGCCGGGCCGGGGAGCUGGGGGAGGCCGGGCGGCCCGGAGAGAAGGGUGACCGGGGCGAGAAGGGCGAGCGGGGCGAGCAGGGCAGGGACGGCUUGCCCGGCCCCCAGGGCCCCCCCGGGCCAAAGGCAGAGGUGGUCGAGGGCAGCCUCAUGGGCUUCCCGGGUGAGCGCGGCCCCAUUGGACCCAAGGGAGUGAAGGGUGAGCCGGGAGCCGAGGGCGAGCGGGGACCCAAAGGAGAUAAGGGCGAGGGUGGCCCAAGGGGAGAGCGAGGGGAGCCUGGUGAGAAGGGCAGGGAUGGAGCCCCGGGUCUCCCGGGUGAGAGAGGGCUGUCUGGUCCAGAGGGGAAACCGGGUUUGCCAGGCUUCCCUGGCGUGCUGGGACGCCCGGGCAGCCCAGGAGACCCGGGACCCCCAGGACCUCCGGGUAGCACCGGCCCACCGGGAGCCCCGGGUCCAGCUGGCACCAAGGGUGAUCCGGGGGAGCCUGGCUCUGGCAUCCGGGGCCUGCCUGGUCCCCAGGGCAACAUCGGGCUGCCUGGUCCCCCUGGCCCCCCUGGCCCCGGGGGCCCACCGGGUGUCCCCGGGCUGACGGGACAAGUGGGGGAGAGCGGGAAGCCGGGAGUGCCGGGCCGGGAUGGCGUGCCAGGGAAGGAUGGCGAGGCUGGGAUGCCGGGGAAGAUGGGGGUGCCGGGACCUUCGGGUCCCGCUGGUCCCAAGGGAGAGCCAGGGGAUGCUGGAGCGCCAGGGCAGGCCAUCGUCGGUCCCCCUGGUGCCAAAGGGGAGAAGGGCGAACCGGCGCUGCUGGAGGGUGUCCUGCUGGGAGAGCCCGGCUCCAAGGGUGACCGAGGCUUGCCAGGCCCCAAGGGCGAGAAGGGGGAGCAGGGACGAUUCGGGGAGCCAGGAGAUCCUGGGGAAGAUGGAGCCAAAGGGUCCUCUGGAGCCAAAGGGGAGAAGGGAUCACCAGGGGUCGGCGCACAGGGACCGCCGGGACAGGAUGGGCCGCCGGGGUUGAAGGGUGACAUCGGCUUGCCAGGACUGACAGGACCGCCGGGCUUGGCUGGCAUCGCUGGGACACCGGGACAGCCAGGGCUCAGAGGGGACAGUGGGCAGCCUGGCCCACCGGGGCCCCCAGGAGAGAGGGGUCUGAUCGGCUUUCCCGGGAGAGACGGCACCCCUGGAGCACCGGGACCUGCAGGGCCCCCGGGGCCGGCCGGCAUCCAGGGGGCUGCAGGCCUGAAGGGUGACAAGGGUGCGCCGGGGGCCGGGCUGCCGGGGGCCAGAGGAGAGCGCGGAGACCCGGGGCCACGGGGUGAAGACGGGCGCCCAGGGCCAGAAGGGGACCGAGGGCCAGUGGGCUUGCCAGGGAACCGGGGGGAGCGUGGGGACAAGGGGGACGCUGGGGGCCCAGGACCCAAAGGAGACAAGGGCGAUACCGUGGUGGUGGAGGGGCCUGCUGGGGCACGGGGCAGCAAGGGGGAGCCGGGAGACCGUGGCCUGAAGGGCACAGAAGGGGACAAGGGGGACAAAGGGGAGCAAGGCAUGCCUGGAGAGAAGGGGACAAGAGGGGAGCAAGGCGAGAAGGGCUCCACGGGCUUCCCAGGGGCACGUGGCCCCGGUGGGCAGAAGGGAGAGGUGGGAGCACCAGGGGAGCCCGGCGAGCCGGGCCAGCCCGGCCGCGAUGGGAUCCCUGGAACCCGUGGGGACAAGGGGGACAUGGGACCCCUGGGCAUGCGCGGCCCAAAGGGUGACCGGGGCAUGAAGGGUGCUUGUGGCCUCGAUGGGGACAAGGGCGAGAAGGGCGAGCCGGGGCUGCCGGGGCGCUCGGGGCUGCCUGGGAGGAGAGGUGAACCGGGAGAGCUGGGGCUGUCCGGACCGCCCGGCAUCCCCGGCAAGGAGGGACUCAUGGGGCCCAAGGGUGACCGGGGAUUUGACGGGCAGCAGGGAGCCAAAGGAGACCAGGGGGAGAAGGGAGAGCGGGGUGCCCCAGGUGUCAUCGGUGGCCCCGGUCCCCGGGGCAGUGAUGGUGCUCCAGGCCCCCCUGGACCCCCCGGGAGCGUUGGCCCACGAGGUCCUGAGGGCAUGCAGGGUCAGAAGGGGGAGCGAGGGCCCCCCGGGCAGUCGGUACCGGGGGCCCGCGGCGUGCCCGGCAUCCCCGGCGAGAGGGGGCAGCAGGGCAGUCCCGGCACCCAGGGACAGCGUGGGGAGAAGGGGGAGCCGGGAAUGACGGAGGAGGAGAUCCGCGCCUUCGUGCGGCAGGAGAUGAGCCAGCACUGCGCCUGUGGCGGCCGCUUUCCGCAGCGCCUGGACUCCCGUGAGCUCUCAGCCAGGGCCAGCACCAGCGCGGGACCAUGUACAGGGAGAAGGGAUGGAGGCUGGGGGGCUCAGGCCAGGAGCAGCUUCCGCUCUGCCCAGGGAGGAGGAAGGAGCAUCCGCCAGGACAAGGACCGUGGCCAAGCAGGGCUCUUUCCCACCGAGCCCGUCCCUGCAGUCCCUGUGCUCAAGUUGUCACACGCUGAGGAAGAGGAGGGGCAGCACAGACGAGUCACACUUGAUGCUGAUGACCUCGAGUACGAUAGUGAGUACGGAGAGGAGGAGGAGGAGGAGGAGUACGAUGAGAUACCGGAGAUGGACGGCUCAGAGCAGCCUGUGAUGGGUGCGGAGCCCUGCAGCCUGCCGCUGGACGAGGGGGGCUGCCGGCGCUACACGCUGCGCUGGUACCACAGCCAGAGGGGCGCCGAGUGCCGGCCCUUCGUCUACAGCGGCUGCGGGGGGAACAGCAACCGCUUCGACAGCCGGGAGGAGUGCGAGCUGCGCUGCGGGCAGCGCCCCGGGGCAGGUGCCCGUGGUGAUGCUGGCGGCGAGGCAGGAGCACAGCCAGAGCCAUAACAUGGGCAUCAUCCCAUGGGCAGCAUUCUGCAGGGAGCAUCCUGCAGGCUGGGCUGUCCCAUGGCACAUCCGGCUGCCCCUGCCCCAGUGCUGGGCUGCUGCAGAGCCGGGACCCCCGGCAGAAACCUGGUGCUAUUUCUAAUGUGUCUUUUUGCUGCUCAUGGGGUUUUUCUUUCGUAUCAGUUUUAUUGCCUAUUAAGGUGAAAUUUGUAUCAACCCUUAUUCACCCCUUUCCCACCUGGAGGUUUCCUGGGCUGUUCCCAGUGUGGUUUUUAAGUUAUUUGCUGCCAAUGGGAUGGUGCUUGCCCCUGCUCCCUCUCUGGUGGCCCUGGAGUGGCACUCGGACUGGGCACAGUUGGGGUCCCCUCAUCUAACACCCUCAUCCCUUUCCCUGUCUCCCCAAAUGUCCCCCACUCUCUGACCACAUCCCUGGGCCAGGCUCUGCCUGCUCCC